AUGCUUGCGAGAAAGAGCAUCAUUCCAGAGGAGUUCGGGCUGCCGGGGCUGGUCUCCCGUAUGCCACGGAAACCCGUGUUCAGGGACCGGGUCAACAAGGCGCGCUUUAUUGCGAAGAAUGGCUCUUGCAACUUGGCGCACAAGAACAUCCGCGAGCAGGGCAGGUUUCUGCAGGACGUGUUCACCACACUGGUGGACCUGAAGUGGCGUUUCACACUGGUCAUCUUCACCACCACGUUCGUGAGCAGCUGGCUGCUGUUCGCCAUGAGCUGGUGGCUUGUGGCGUUCGCGCACGGAGACCUAGACCCCUGGAGCCAAAACGGCACUUACUGCGUCACGGACGUCAAGUCAUUUACGUCGGCCUUCCUGUUCUCCAUAGAAGUGCAGGUGACCAUCGGGUUUGGGGGACGCAUGAUCACAGAGCAGUGUCCUGCGGCCAUCACUGUGCUCAUCAUGCAGAACAUAGUGGGUCUCAUCAUCAACGCUGUCAUGCUGGGUUGUAUUUUUAUGAAAACGGCUCAAUCAAACCGGAGAGCAGAGACUCUGAUAUUCAGUCGUCACGCUGUCAUAGCUGUGAGAAACAACCACCUCUGCUUCAUGAUCCGCAUCGGAGACCUAAGGAAGAGUAUGAUUAUUGGAGCAACAAUCAGACUACAGGUGGUGAGAAAAACCACUACUCCAGAAGGCGAGGUGAUUCCCAUUCAUCAGAUAGAUGUACAGACGGAGAGUGCUGUUGCAAGCAAUAACCUCUUUCUGUUGGCCCCUCUCAUCAUUUGCCACAUUAUCGACAAAAACAGCCCCAUGUAUGACUUGUCAGCCAUGGAGCUGCAGUGCAGUGAUCUGGAGGUCAUCGCUAUCCUGGAGGGAGUGGUGGAGACCACCGGCAUCACCACGCAGGCUCGCACUUCCUAUGUGUCUGAGGAAAUCCAAUGGGGCCACCGUUUUGUCCCUAUAGUUACAGAAGAAGAAGGUGUGUACUCAGUUGACUACUCGAAAUUUGGAAACACUGUCAAGGUUACAACUCCUCGCUGUAGUGCCAGAGAACUGGACGAGAAACCUUCUAUUCUAAUCCAGACUCUUCAGAAAAGCGCCACCAGUGGGAGUCUGCGGAGGAACAACUCAGGGCUCAACUCCCCAAAAGUCCAGUUCUUCACCCCAGUGGAAGGAGGGCAGAGCCUGAACGCUGUCACCUGA